AUGGCCAGGAUACUUGCCCUCCCUGUUGAGUUGCGCAUCUCCAUUUUGCGAGAGCUAUCCGACAUCGGGGAUCUUUCCGCGGCAGUGUCUAGCCACCGUCUGCUGGCCGAGGCUCUGCGCGAAUGUCCUGGUAUUGUUGGCCAUGUCCUGGGAAACGAAAUUGAUCCUCGACUUUGGCCCAUUGCAGUGACUAUAUGGCAAAAGCAGACCCGUAGAAAUGAUCUUGAGGUUUUCGACGAAGACGACUCGUGGGCGGUCCUUGACGAAUGCCAAAGAACUGCCCCCGAAGAAGCAUGGGAAUAUCUGACUACUGUUGAUUUGGCAGAGGCGCACAAAUACUUCCACCAACUAAAUCGCGCUAUUGACAAGUUUACGACCGAUUUUCUAUCUACGGCCCUUGACUCCCUGGCUAUUGAAGGAAGGCUAGAUCACUCUCCGCCCCUACCGUCACCUACUGAGAUUUACCGUGUACAACGUGCCUUUUAUUUCUUUGAAUUCUUCUGUUGUCUCUGGGGUGACGGCCUUUUUAUCACGAAUGAUUAUGAUCGUCAAUGGUCAAGGCCGUUAUAUGUUGGAUUUCACCCUUGGAUAAACGAGCAGCUCGCCUCGGUGUAUGAGUAUUUGUUGAGACAAGUCUCCACCGCUUUCAACGACGUACAUUGUAUCCGCUUGGGUACCAUGAAGACGGCCAGUUUGGAAUUAGCAGACUAUGAAAAUCCAGAAAAUUUUAUUUUGGUCUCGCGCGGUAUAAGUUACGUCUAUAAGCUUACCACAGCACCGACAUACGACGCCCGGUCCCGUUUACUCGUUGACGAGACGGAGCCGGGAAGAGGUUUUAUGCUUGGCAUCGCUUUUGAGGAUCUUAUCAGGUCCUAUGUACACGAACGACACACUCUUCGACACCCUCAGUUUGGUGCAGCCUACAUGAGAGAGUUGCAACACAUGACGCAAGACCCUGAUUAUUCGACUCAUGACCUCUUCCUACCAGAUCUGGGCAACUCCGGGCCGGCAGAGAUUUGGUGUCAGGCGCAUCUAUCCGAUGAUCAUACCCUGUGGGGCUUGGAUUUUGUUAUGAGCAAGCUCUUCGCUGAUGAACGGAAAGCCGGCUACGUGAUGUGGGACGCAUGUCGUAUACUGGAUUUCGAGAAUUUUAAGCGAAAGAAAUAG